AUGUCGGACCGAAAAAGAUUACUCGAGGAACUAAGAGUAAUAGACUUACGCGCAGAAUUAGAAAAGCGUAACCUCGACAAGACCGGUAUACGUAGUGUGCUUAUUCAACGGUUGUCUAAGCAUUUGGAAGAGGAGGGCCAUGACCCAGCGACUUACAGAUUUGAUUUAGGUUCUGUCGAAGUGAAGACACCUUCGAAAAAGACUAGACGAACAGAAAGUUCGCUAGAUGCUGAACCAGAGGACACCCCAGCUAUGGAAGAUAUGAUUGUCCAAGAUACAGAUGGUGAUGUAGAAGACAAUGAACAACGUACAGAUGUUCUACAGAGUGGUACACUAAAACAAGAGAACAUGAAAAUGGAAAUUGAUGAUAUAAGCAAGGUUUGCAGAAAAAGAGAGUUGAAGGAUGAUUCAGAUGCUACCGAAGCUAAGAAACCUUGUAUAGAAAAAGAAGCCAAAAAUGAAGAUGAUCAUAAAGCUGAAAACAAUACAGAUGCUGAAGAUAGUAUUAAUUUAGAUCUGGGUGAUGAUGAAUUAUUAAAUGAGGAGACUGACAAUCCAGCAAAACACAAAAAAGAUGACCCGGCACAUGAGGACGCGGCGGGGGCUCCAGGCGACGAGUCAGCUGCAAACAACACCACCGCCGACACCGACAACGCGCCGGCCGAAAACCAACAACAAGUAAACACCGAAGCACCCGCCACUAGCAAUGACAAUGAAAAGAAUGAAAAGGAACAAAAAGAUGAUAAAACAAAGGACAAUGAAAGUGAGAAAAAAGAUAAAAAAGAUGAUGGUAAAGAAGGUGGUGCACGCAAUCUUUGGGUCAGUGGCCUUUCUGGCGACACUCGUGCUAAGGACUUAAAACAGCUAUGCAGUAAACAUGGCAAGGUUAUUGGAGCUAAGAUUGUUACAAAUGCACGCACUCCAGGAUCCCGUUGUUAUGGAUAUGUUACGAUGGCGAGUAGCCAAGAUGCUGAAAACUGCAUUAAAAACUUACAUCGUACUGAACUGCAUGGUCGCAUGAUUUCCGUGGAGAAAGCAAAGUCAGAAUCGGAAUCAGCAUCCCGGAGACAGCCGCCAACACGACCUGAGAGGCGACCAAGUAAAGAACGCAAAGACGAUAUUAAAGAUAAUGAGGAAAAUAAAGAAGGAGGAGAGAAGCAGGGUGAUAUAAAGGUUCAAAAAGAGGGUGAUGUCUCUGGUGCUGAAAGUACAAGGUCUACCUCGCGUACUAGGGAAAAGUCACAUAGAUCAGACAAGGACAGAACAAGGCGCAGUACUCGUAGUCGGGAACGUAGAAGGUCACCAAGAGAAGUCCUGUCAUUUUCAAAGAUUUGGAAAGAACGCGAUGUAGCUAGAGCAAGGGAACGUUCUCGAGCGGCUCGCGAGGAAGAACGUAGGAGGCGCGCGGCUGAAGAUGCAUUAAGGGAACGUGAGAGACGUCAACGACAAGAGAAACAUCGUCUCGCACUUGAAAGGGAAAAGUUACGCGCCGAAAGAGAGAAAAUUGAGAGAGAGAAGAAUGAACUUCUUCGCUUGGAGAGAGAAAGACAUAGGUUGGAACGUGAAAAGUUGGAAUUAGAAAGAUUGGAGCUGAAAAGAGCACAAUUGAGAUUAGAAGAGGAGCGUCGCAAGCGUGGUUAUGAGAGUAGCGCAGCAUAUCGUAAACCAGCCUCAAGUCCACCACCGGAGCCUGCAUAUGAAAGGGAUCAAAGACACAAACGCCCGCCACCGCCACCAAUGACCAGCAUCCUUCGCUCGAAUAAACCUAAGCAUUUCGAAGCUCCUCCGCCGCCCCGAUUCGACAUGGCGCCGGGAUAUGACCGCGGCGUAGAUAAGCGUGAAAGAGAGCGUGACUAUAAACGUGACUACCCACGCCACGUCUCAUCUGGAAGUAUGAAGUACCCUAGCAACGGUAGUGCAAGUGACGACGCUAGGCAACCAAUGCCUCCUGGCACACGGCCUAAGGAACCCAGCCGAUCAUACGAGUCUCGAGAUAGCCGCUCAUACCGUCCUUCCCCGCCGGGUAAGCCGGAGCCGCGCAGUUGGAAUUCUUCAAGCCGUUACCCAGAAACUGCGCCACCUACUAAAGGAAGCGGAGGUGGAAGUUCCAGCGAGCAGUGGUCGGGCGAGACACGCUACGGCAGCACAUACGAAACUCGAUACCCAGCAACCCGAAAACGAUCA